AUGGUGGACUCAGCUCCAGCGCAGCAAAAUAUUGCAGCAGUGGCAAUUAAGUUGCCAGAUUUCUGGAAGAACGAUCCACACAUGUGGUUCGCACAGGCGGAGGCGCAAUUCCAUCUGGCACAGGUUACGAAAGAUGAAACAAAAUUUUGGCACAUCAUUGCAAAAAUAGAUCAGUCCGUAAUAUGCCACGUCUCGGACUUAGUGUCAAAUCCUCCACUUGAAAAUAACUACGAUGCAGUUAAAGAUCGACUGAUUGCUCGUUUUGAUCUUUCGCCACAGGCGCGAUUCGAACAAUUACUUGGUUCUUGCGAUUUGGGUGAUCUUCGACCCACACAUCUUCUCGCCAAGAUGCAGGAAAGCUCCACGGGAUUGAACGUCGACGAUGCAUUAAUGAAGAUGCUAUUCCUCCAAAGGAUGCCGCAAAAUGUUCGAGUGGUACUGAGCAUAAGUGAUGGAAGUUUGCAGAAACUAGCAGAACUAGCCGAUAAAAUGAUCGAUUCAUCUACGGUCACUACCGCAGCUGUUCAGAUUCCAGCUCAACCCACUGGGCAGAAUGCUGAUUACACCAAUCUGAAGGAAGAAAUUGAAGUUCUUACAGCCGAAAUUCGACGCCUCAAGACUACCCCAGCUCGGAUGUGUCCAUCAUUCCAGCGACAAGACAGGAUAGAGCAGGAGCAACAGUUUCGUUUUCUCUACAUGCAGCAAAUGGAACAAAAAUACAGACCUAUGGGAGUAAAUUUAUCGCAGUGGAUCUCGGCCUUCGACGAUGUUUCAAGUGGCGCUUCCUAG